UCCCACCUCACAUUUGGUCCGGGUAAGGAAGUUUUUUUUGUUCCUAGAACCGAUGACAAGUUAGCUGGCUGAACUAAGUUUAACCCAAUUCACAUUUUUUUGGACUACAGGGGACUCUAAUUUAACAGUGAAUCAUGGCGGUGAACACAGGCACCUCUCUAGUCCUGUCCAGCCUGCUGUCAGUGCUGGUAUUUGCUGGGAUGCAGAUGUUCAGUAAGCAGCUGGGAUCCACUGAGUGGCUCACAAUCCUGGGAGGUUUCCUAGGCUCAGUCCUCUUCAUCUGCUCCCUCACUGCAUUCAAUAAUUUGGAAAAUCUGAUUUUUGGGAAGGGAUUCCAAGCCAAGAUAUUCCCAGAGAUUCUGCUGUGCCUGUGCCUGUCACUAUUUGCCUCUGGUCUGGUUCACCGCGUCUGUGUCACCACAUGCCUGAUAUUUUCCCUCUUUGCCUUGUACUACAUCAACAAAGUAUCGGCAGCUCUCUACCAAGCAUCCGUUCCCGCAGUAACUCCAGCAAAAGCUGCCAGCAAGGGCAAAAGGAAGAACUGAUGAAUCUGUUGGAUCCUGCUUGCAUCCAGCAAAUCAGUUAAUAUUACCCAGAUGCUGAUGGCCAGUGCAGCACAGCAGUUGCAUAUUUUGUAUUAAUGAUUUAAUCCACAACCCUAGGUGUAUUUCUGCGGCUUUUUUAAGAUUACACUUAAAGUUAUGGUCAGUUCAAUGACAACUACUUUGAAACCAUUAUAACGCCAUUUUUUUUUUUACAGUGAUGUCAAUUCAAAUCAAGGCCAUUAAAAAAAAAAAAAGCCUAAGGGCCGUCA